CUCUGUUUUUGAGGAAGUGGCAAUUUUCUACCAUAUUUACAUUGCUAUAAAAAAUUCAUUGUUUACUGUUCAUCACAUGCUACUUAAUCUAAAUCACUACGUUGUCAAGUUCUUAGGACAUGAGUGUAGACUUUAAAAUUGAAAGAUAUGCUUUUUUCAGUAGGUAAAUGCAAUGUUUGAUCUAAUGUGCCCUUUUGAUACCUCUCUGAAUUUUACACUUCACAACUACGUGUAACACAAACUCAAGUGACCCCAAGGUCAUCUUGUAUUUAACCCAAAACUCUGAGGUUCGGGAGGGUGUGCUUUCAAUGAUGUUUCACAAAGUACACACUGUCCAGAGUCAGACAGUCCCGUCUUGGGCAGUACGCACCUCGCCCCUCCCCAUUUUAUAGGGCCUAGACCUACCUUUCCCCUCUUGUGCACUUCCAUGUUCUUCUUCAAUCCCAUUACAGCAGGACCAGAUUUUGGGCUACUAACGAGCCUUUCACUUCAUCGCCAUGGUUCCAAGAAAUGUUAUUUGCAGAAUGGUCCUUCUUGUGCUUCUAGGCUUCUUGGUAAACCUUGUAAACACAGAAACACUACAUCCUGCAGUAACGUCUCAAGACAGCCAGGACACGUCUGGAGAUGACUUGCCCACUGAUGUCACCACUAAAGACCCCUUCCCUGAAACAACAACCUCCGACUACGACGACACCACAACCAGUAACACCCUGGAAGAGGAAGAAGACGCCCUGGGGCCCGGGGCCAUCACAGCCAUUGUGAUAGCAGUGUUCCUGGGAGCGUCUGUCCUCCUUGCCCUCAUCGUCAUAGCCCUCCGAAAGUUCACAGCCUCCUAAAGCAGCCCCGCCUUGUGCAUGUGUGAGAGUGGUAUGAGUGUGUACGUGUUUGGAGAACUGUGAGUUUGUGAUUUUUUUUUUUUAGAGGGGUGUCUUCUCGACUUCUCGGCUCCCAUACUGCCUUCCCCCUCAUCAAUGAUGAGUUGCUUCGCUAGAUGCUAAAUGUGGCAGGUCCCUUUAAGGCAGCAGCCUAAUAUUAGAUUUCCUGUUCAAAGCUUCAUGUUCAAAUGUUCUCCUUCAAAGACAAUGUGAAACUGGCUGGUUCUUCCAGUGCAAAAUGCUGCUGCAAUUACACAGUGGCUUCAGAGCUCCAACUCAUUUUAGUCUUGUUUGUGUUUUUUCAUGUUUUUGUUUUGUUGUUUUGAACCCAUAUAUUUGUAGAAACCAAAGAGGACAAUAGAUAUGCAGAUUUGUAUUUUUGUAAAUACAAACCGAGUAAUGGGGUGCUAAAGAGCGACUUGUCUCAGCUGCCAUGGAAACAUUAUUAGCAAUGAUCACAUUCAGUAUUUUCUGUGAUGGCAAAUACAAUUUAUAAAAGUAAACCUGAACUCUUGUCUCCCAA